GUGAUGUGGGAAGCGGCCGUAAUCGAGGGGUGUUUGCGAAAUUUCUCUCUCUGUGGUACGCUCAUCAUCCCUCGUGCCCGCGAUGGACUCACGGACAAAGGCGUAAUCUUGCACUGCGCCUUAUCGGCGAGAUUAUCGCCGGCUCCCGCGUGCGCGGCGCUGCGGCUCCACGUAGCGAAGAGGACCAUGUGUGCGUGAAGCCCAUAGUAAGUCUAUGGUGAAGCCGCGCUGCUAACGGAGCGAAACACACGGUGAAACAACGCCGCCAGCCGCCGCUGCUCGGUCUCGUCGACAAUGAGCGAGGAUACCAGUCCGUCGGAUCGACAGAUCCUGCUCUCCCGUUUGCUGGAUGCCGUUAAACAGUGCCAGAUCCGCUUCGGGGGACGCAAGGAGCUCGCGACGGAGAGCGACAGCAGGGUUGUCAACCUGUGUACGCAGUUCGAAGCCGUGUUGCAGCAUGGAAUGAAAAAGUCUAAAGGACUGAGCUCCAUCAGGCAAGUCUCCGAGAUUGUCAAGGGCCUGAAUCUCUGGAAUAGCGACUCUGAUUACGUGUUCUGGCACUACGCACGGACCCACCUGACCAAGCACGAGUUGGAGCGGUACCUGGUGCUGAGGCACGUGAACACCGACGAGGGCCGCGGGCGGGCAUGGCUGCGGUCGGCACUCAACGAGCACGCCCUCGAGCGAUACAUGCACAUGCUCGUCGCCGACCCCGCUCACAUAAGCCAGUUCUAUGAGGACACAGCCUUCCUGAUGGACCAGGAGAAAAGCAGCAUGCUUCCCACCAUGUCAGCAGGGCUGGGAUCCAUCCUGUUUGCAAUCAACAUUGACAAUCCGGACCUGAAUCCUCCAGAGUCAAGUGUCGUCGUGCGGGUUCCCACACAGGCAGGGCUCGCGGAUACGCGUCCAGUCAUUGCCAAAGGCUUGGUUGAGGGCAAGCGGAAGAAGAAGCGCCGCAAGCCUCGUUCCAACGUGGUCUCCUUCGACGAUGAAGAUGACGAGGAUUACACAUUAGACAGCAGGUUCCUGGGCAACCACAGCUGCUUCAGCGCACCAGCAACGUGUCUCUCGUCUCCCGUGGCAGCAGAGUUCCCAAAUGUGGCCCUGCAAGUCAACGGUGACGCGUCGUCUGCCACGGGCGACGCUGCAGAUGAUGAGGGAGCUGCCACUGCCGUGCCCACCAGGGUUACAGCAGACGACGCGCAGAGUGUCGAGUCCCUUGCCACUUCCGAUGGAAACCUGUCCGACGAGAGAGAGCCCAAUCCACGGGGCAAGCCAUCGGCAGCCAUCCCAGUGGAGCGAGCAAAGACGUGGUCAGGGUCAACAGAGUCCUCUGGGUCACCGAGACCUGAGCUGCCCAAUUCCAUGUCCUCAUCGCCAAUGAGCCAUGGCCAGGAAGCAGGUCCCAAUUGCCAGCCGUCUGCCCUGACGCCCAUCCUGGACCUGUCCAUUGGGGACCUCAUUCCCAUGUGCCAUCCUGCGGAAGAUGGGGCCAGAUCAGAGGACUCCAUUCCUAGCUACAGCGAAGACACAGAGACGGCAGCGGCUGCCCUGGCUUUGGCACAGAAUGUGUCGUCACUCGCCCUGGGCGUCGUCGAGUCGCCGAGUGCUGCGGCCGCUGAAGCUGAGCUUGCCUCUGACAUGGCAUCUGCGACACCAGAUGAGCUCAAGCAAGCUCUGCUCGUCAUGACUCAACAAAUCAAAGAUGUUGAGCAGGAGAACACUGCCUUGCGGAGGAUGAUGGAGCAGGAGAGUGAAGUUAGUGCCAAAUUGAGGGCCGAUGCCCGGGAGGCCGAGAAGCAGACCAACGAGCGGCUGGACAAACAGGAGUCCCGAAUACAGACACUCACCAGGGAAAACCAGCUGUUGAAGCACCAACUCAAAAAGUACAUAGCAGCCGUGCAGAUGCUGAAACGGGACGGCCUGGCAGCCCACGAAGAGCUGCGCAGUAUGGUGGGAGAUGUUGAGCCAGCCAUUCCGGAUGCCAAGCCACACAUCGACCACCAGUUUGAGGCCAGCGAGUACGAGAAGAAGCUGGUUCAGGUUGCCGAGAUGCAUGGGGAACUGAUGGAGUUCAACGAGCGGCUGCAUCGUCUGCUGCUCUUCCGCGAAUGCACCAUUCGCAGGCUACGCGAGGAGCUCACCGACUUGCGUGGACCGCUGCCCGAUGAAAACCAGACUUCCGAUGACGACUUGAGCGUGACGUCGGACUAUGAUGCGUCGUCGCAGAGUGCAUCUUUGAGGCCGCUCAUCAACUUGUGGAUCCCCUCGGCAUUCCUCGCUGGGCACCAGUCGCAUGCAUUCCACGUCUACCAGGUGUACGUGCGUAUAAGGGAUGACGAGUGGAACGUGUACCGGCGCUACUCGCAAUUCUACGCCCUGCACAAGCAACUCUGCAAAAAGAACCCCGUCAUCUAUUCUUUUGACUUCCCACCCAAAAAGUCUAUAGGCAACAAGGAUGCCAAGGUUGUAGAAGAGAGACGCCAACGGCUGCAGCGAUACUUGCGUAGUGUCCUCAACUUCCUCACGCAGACAUCGCAGGAGCUUAUCGACAGCCCCGACAGAGCAACACUCGUCAAGCUGCUACCGUUUUUCAGGGAACAAGACACAACACACUCUAAGGUACGGCAGGCGCGGCGCACAACGCAACGCCUCCGCGUGGCGGUGGCAUCCGGCAGUUCGCCGAGCCAAGGCGCCAGCGUGGUCCAGGCACCCGUGCACCACUACAUGGGCCACUGAACAGGCGCUUGCCGGGCGAGAGACCAACCACGUCGGAGAAUCUCAGUAACUUGUUGGUUUCCACUUCCUUCCCCAUCGUCACCAUCUUGCUGCCACCGUGUGCUACCAAAGGUCAAGGAGAUGCUAUGUAUUUCCGGUCUUGCACUCUGUGUCCCAUCUUGAAAUGAUGAUGUUCUGAUUGUUGCAGGAAUGCUUUUUUUUUUCGCAGUCUUGGAACAGAGUGCAUUCGUUGCUGCUAUGAAUGGCUUUGAUCGUGGGUGCCGAUGCAGAGUAAUGGCAGUUUGUCACAAGGAGUGGAGGGGAGAGAAGCCGUGCAGUGGCUUCGGCAGACUCGAUUGUGCCGUUUUGUCAUGUGCCCGAGUUUGCAAGCAAUGCUAAGAUCUCAUUAACCCUUGACUUUGUCAAGUGUGCCAUUUUAUGACUGCGCAGACGCUGUCGCCCCCCCCCCCCCCCCCCCAAGCUAACGUUUCCCAUCGAAGUUGACUAUCAAAGUUUUACCGUAGCCGUCAGAGUUUAUAACUUCCUGUUGGGCAGACGGCACAGUGCCGUGGGUACUUUUGUCGAGUACCAGCUGCGUUUCAUGGUGCAUACUUCUUGUGCCAUUUUCACCGGCACUGCCACGGGUGCUGCUCACUUGGAAUGUUGCAUUUGGAUAGUGCAGUAUGCUAUUUUAAAUAGUUGAGCGCGCUAGCUUUGACCCCCAGUUGGCACUGUCAUAGGUUAUGGAAAAAACUGGCCAGAGGGCUGAAAACAGGCUGUUCAUCCUUUUGUCAACAGUUUGUUAUUUUACUCAGAAUGAGGUUACGUGCUCCCAGUCUGAUUGAUAUAGCCUUGCCAAUAAGUUAAAAGUACAGGUCAGAUGGCUGUGGCCAUUCCCGUGACCUAACUUAAACAAAAAAAACAAUUUUUGAUUGAUACCUCCACACUUCUGACCUGUUUAAUCAGGCAUUCAAGUGGUCCAAACUGUGCCUGGUAUCUGUUGGUAUCUUGAUCGUGUUUUGUGUGUUGACAGCCCCUUUGAGCACAGUGCUUAAUAUUGUGAAGGCCAGAGUAACACCUCGAAACUGGAAUUAAUAAUGAAAAUUAUGUGUUAAAUAUGCUGCAUACAUUUUCAGACACUUCUUAUUUAGACCUAUGCUGCGAAAUAUAUUAUGCAGCAAGUGCACUUGAGAAAAAUGGUUGGGACAUAUGCGUUUGCAUGUUUGUUCACGGUGCUGGUAUGUAGCCAUGCAAUGGAUUUUUUUUUUUUUACAACGAUUUACAUUGGGCAAAUCUUGUCAACUGGCCGAGUGUCUUUCCCAGUACACUACAUGUCAAAUAGUCAAUUACGUUUCCGUGUACCUGAAGUAUUUUGAGAGUUAAGCGAGUCUACGUGUGGUGGAUGUUACAGAAACUCACUGAAAAGUUCAUAAUUGCUCAUUGGUUCUAUGGCUGUGUGUUGCGAAUGAUGCUUGAAAUGCAAGAAAUGUGUUGGGAACUAAUUUUACUGACAUUUAGAUCUGUUCUGUCCGGGGUGUCAUGGUGCAGACAAGAUGACCGUAUGCUGAAUCUACUGCCAGUAAAGGAAUGCUAUUGGAUUCCUUACACUAAUGUGGCUUUGGUUGGUUUUCAUUUGCUAUAGUGUCAGAUGCUAGAAUCUGUACCUGUAACUUACAACUAGAUAGUAUCUUUGCUUGCUAGAAGUGUAGAAACAGCAGCUUUUGAUGUUGCGUUAGAUGCCAAGAGAAAACAGCAAGGCAUUUCUAAGUGCACGUUUGUGAUUUAAUAGCCAGUUGGUAGCAUGAAGCUUAACACGAACUGAAUGCAAUAUUUUUCCUAGUCAUUGACAAGUCAAUACAGCUAAAAUAUAACUGAAAUGCCUUCUUGUGUCUUGAGACCGGUUCAGUGUAAUCGUUUGUGGCGUUCAUCAGGGUUGCUAGGCUGGGAAUUCUUUGGAGCAACCACGAAUUUCAGAAAAUAGCCACAAAAUUUCAAAAUGUUGCCAAAAGUGAGCCAGUUCUAGGCAACAUGUAAGAAAAGUUGCCACGCAGGGACAAAAUGGUGCUCACAGCGAAAAAGUUCGCCAAGGAACUAUCCAAACUGUGAGUUAGUAUUAGUUACAGAAAUGUACAAUGAGAAUUUCAGUACCGACUUUAUAUUACACUUCACAUCACAAGAAGCAGAAAUAUGCAUUGUCCUAUUUUCAUUAGCAGAAUAGGAUUGUCAAUGCAAGAUUGGAAUUAAUAUUGAUGUUCUGUGGUACUUAAGCAUUCAAGGUGAUUAAACGUAUAAAAAUAAAUACCGCAAUAUCUGAUAGUGAUCUCAGAAGCAACCAAGUGGUAGAGCAACCAGGAUUUUUUUUUUUUUCAGCCAGCAGGCCCUGAAGUAGUCACUUUGGCCUAGCAUAGCCAAACCUGGCGGCCCUGACACAAUACGGUAAAACUUUAGAAUGAGCAGCACCAUGCAUACUGAACUUGGUGUUAAGGUUGGACUUUAACGGCCAUACAUGACACAUUCACAUACAUUAUAGUUAAUGCUGCGUCAGACAGCUUUGAGGCAUUUGCUGCACAACCGUAGCAAAUAAAUUAGCUCAUUGUCUGCUAAAGAAGCAGAACUUGAAGACAAAGUACAACACUUCACAUUCAUUAAAUAAGAAUACUCACACAAUGUUCUAGACUGUUGGCAUUCUCCGCGCAAGUUCUGCGAAACAAGUUUUUACCGUGCGCAGCUGCAAGGGUUGCGAUAUUGCCACUUCCACGGAUAGUGGUACAGUUCGUUUGCAUAUUGUCAAUUGAGAUUUGACCACUUGUUUUAUCAGUAUGCAGCUGCUUGUGGGUUAAUGAAUGUAAUGGUAAUGUAAUGGAAUGUAAUCAUCACUGAAUUACGAACCAUACUAGAAACUUCAAAAGAGGGACAUACCACCUGGUUGAUGGUCAGCGCUUUGGCUUUCUUUUGGUCCGGUGUGGUUUUUGCGCUGGAGAUUCAAGUUAUCAACACGCCCACCAUACGGUUCUUUAGGAGCCAAGUUUUCAACUGGUGGUAGGACAUGUUGACCAUCUUUUUGCAGUCGCACGUGGCUUGAUACAGUCGUACCUCAAUAAAACAAACAUGGAUGUAACAAAUCAUUGUACUACAAAUAUCGGAUAUACAAAUUGUAUUUUAAUCUUGGAUGCACCUUAAUCAGGUUCGACUGUACUGUAGUGGUAUCUCUCUAGCCAUAAUCUAGCGCUUGCAAAAUUUUUUUACACAGUUGUUAGAGUUGUGCCCUGUGGUCCAACGCUUUUGUAGGACUGUUACGUUUUCCUGCAAUUGGUCACUCUACCAACCACUCAUGCAUUUGGGGUUCCUGGCCAACUUACCUUGCCAGGCUUGCUAGAACUAGCACGCACACUUAGGUGCAAUGUUGUGGACUGUAUGACCUAAAGUUCCUUGGAUACUUUGAAGUGCAGAACUUGCAUGCCGGCCAAUCAUAGCUACGAGAAAGCUUUAGCUUGUCUGUUAACGUAUUACGCUUUGCAGAAUACUAGGUCCCAGGAUACAUGGGCAGUAGGGGCAAUGCUAAUAGCAUGAGUUGGUGGUGCAAAAUAGUAUAAAAGACAACGUGGAGCUAUAUUAUUCUAGUGGCCAAACACAUUCAAUUCAGCUGCUAGUGUAAAGUGUUGGCGGUGACAAUCGUUUAACAUGAAACCCUUUCUAGAAUUUCUUUCUCAGACCUGAACCCUCAUGUAAAACAAAACCGUUGGACAAGACAUCUGCUGUUCCUACCAAUGUAGCUACUACCAUUCACAUCUCUGUUAACUCAGUCAUUCUGUAAAAGGUAAUACGUUUAUGGGCAAACGAAAAUUAUUGUUUGACCGCUAUCUACUAACUAGGCCAGCUUGUUAGCAUUGAACGAAAGGAAUUUCGCAUUUGGAUCACAGUACAGCAUAUAGAGGUUGUCUUUCACAAUCCUUCCCAAGCACACAGAUUUAGUUUCAUUUGAGCAAAUUGCUCGGUGAAAUGAACAUGUGCAUAUCAAUGGCAGCGGCAUCUUUUUAGAAAAGUACCACAUCUUUACGAAUAGAGUGUGCCCAUUAGUAUAAAAUGAAGAGGGUGCUAUUGCCCUCCCUGCAAAAUAAAUCUUUAAUAAUAAACAAAUGACAGGAAAAAUAUGUUGCCCAAAAAAUGGUGACAGCUAGUUCUUUUCACAUAACAGUAAAGAAAAUAUUAAUGUGAGAUUAGAAAAAAACAGCACAAAUUCAGAAAAUUUAACACAGAAUACUCGAGAAAAGAAAGUGAAGUUCCAGUCUAGCGUGGAGCAUACAAGCUGACAGAGCUUUCCUGUACGCUUUACCCUGAAACCUAAAGAGCUAAAGAGGCACAUAAAGUUGCUAUACUAUGAUUGUAACACAAACCAUAGAGGUGACUUUAAAAAAAUAAACUUUAGCAUUGUGCUGAAUUAUGCCACGCUAAAAGCCUAGUCGUGUUGCAUGGAUUUGAACAUUAUGCAUAUUUGAACUGCUUAUUUUGCAUGCAUACACUAAAAAAGCAAUGCAUACAUUGUAUUCCUGAAAAUACCAUGUAUGCCCAGCGGAUAGCUAAAAAGCUUGCUGCUUGUGUUUUCGCCUUGAAAAAGCCUUCCGUAUUUUAAUUAUUUGAACUGCUUGCAGUCUGUGCUGGUAUGCAGUACAUUAUAAAACGUGCAAGACAUUCCCUGCCAGUGUUUUAUUUUGCAACCCGCAGUAUUAUGCAUGUUUGUUUGUAGAUAUAUAUAUACUAAACACCGAUAUAUGUAUAUGCACUUUAAAGCACUGUACUUAUUGAAACUUGUGUAUAAUAUGGCUCCAUAUUUUUUUUCCUGUUGCACUACACACAUACUUAUUGUUACAUUGUGCAGCUGUUGCAGAUAAUGUGCCCGGAACGAAAAGAAGACAAAGGUAAACGGUAGUGUAUUCGAUUGGCAGCAAAGCGAAGUGCCUGUGUGGGGCAGGAGAAUUGUCAUGUGACUUCGUCCCCGCACCAGUGUCGCUUUGCGAGGAUGUGUGGCUAGGUUUGAACAGCAUAUAGUCUGAGGCAAAAGCUGCCCCCGAUCUGAAAAGGCCGGGACGCGACCAGCAGAAUUUGGCAGCAGAGGUCACCGCCAUGACGAGGUUGUGAGGUCACGUUUCCAUGAGACUGCGCCAAAAUCUGCAAGUGGCAAAAAAAAAAUACAAAAAAAAACAUGACAGCCGGUGUUUGCUGUGCCUAGAGCAGAGGUUUCAAGCCUAAGUCUCGUGUCUGGCUGCGCACAUGUCACAUUCUAGGGAGGGGGGUGGGGGUGGAUGAGGGCUGAAUUAGCGAACUUUAUUAGGAAAUGGAAGAGAGCAAAACAUUCUAGAGAGCCAGACACGAGCACUUUGUGGGCUUCAUGUUUGAGACUUCUGGUCCAGAGUUCUAUGCAUGCAUUAUGUUGUUUGUGACACAUUUACGUACCUAUCUCUGCAGGCUGUAAUUCAUAUGCACUAUUUUCCAUCCAUAUAUAUGAGUGUUCUUUUUUUCCCCAUGCAUGCAGUAGCCAAAUCCUUCUCACAUACUGGUCAAGGCUCGUCAUUGUGUGACUGACAGCCACAAGUGGUGAAGGCUGGUGUGGCUAAAAUGUUGGCAAGUGCAACGGAAAUCUUUCACCUUUUGUCUAAUGCUAUGUUGAAGUAGCUGUCCCGCAUCACGCAUUCAAGAGCAGACAGCUGGAGAAAAAUGUUGCCGCAUGGUGAAGAAAUUUUGAUGUAUAGAAAUUUACAGUUACAUUUUGACAUACGACACACCAUGCUGCUGCGCGAAGCAUUUGUGCUUUUGUCCACACGUGAAAAGCAUCUGGAUGAAUGUUAUCAAUAAAAAGUUUACUUUCAAA